AUGGGAAAUGUGGAAGGGGUAUGCAUCUACGGGGGGGGGGGGGGCAACGACGAUUUGGACCUUGUGAAAGCAGCUGCAUGGGCAUGGCACCAGCGCGGCUCAAGCUCCGAAGCCAAGCCCAUGCCGAUCCCAGUAUCCGAUGCAAAACGAUCGGAACGAGCUCCGGGGCCUUCGCGCUACAAGUUGGAAGCCAUGAGAAACAACAAUAACAACAGCGUGGAGAUGAAGGGAUCGGAUUCGGUCCCCAUACAUACUUCUCUCCUCGAUCCAUACGAGAUCGAAAUCAUUUCGAAGAGACUCGAUCAGCUUAUCGAGUUGAGUGGGAUCAAAUUUUACCAUGAGCUAUUGAAGAUCGAUGCAGAUGUUAAUGAUAACCACCCCAACAAAAAGAGCAGCAGUACCAAGUGGAGAGGGUUUCUUCGAAGGCGUGUAGUGGUAUGUGGCAGAAACCAUGAUGUGGAGGAAACUGCCCUUAGAACCAAAAACCAUGCGGCGGCGGCGAACUGCAGCAGGGCAGGAGCAGCCGACGCUUGGUGAAUAUGCAACCAUCGGAGAGUUGGGUGGUUUUGGUCGUUGUCUACUCUCUUACGUAUUAAAUGUCAAAUAAAUUGGCAUUUCAUU